AUCGUUUUUAACCGUCCAUAUUCGACAUCUUUUACAACAUGUCAACUGUAUCAACUUCUCCAAAACUUGUUACUUUAAUCUACGUCUGUCACAUAUGCGAAGAGAUGAAAUUUGAGGGGCGAAACCUUAGAUCACAUUUACUUUCUGGUCACUUAAUCGAAGUACCUAAGCUAAAACGCGGCCAACGCCAUCGCGAUUCAUUGCAAUAUGCUUUCGUGAAGUCAAAGAACAACAAAAUACACCAAGCAAUUGCCCAAAGAUAUGCAUGUCCGUCUUGCUUGAGUCACUUCCUAACAAUUGAUGAGUAUAAAGCACAUGUGACAAUACAUAUCGAUCCUAGAAAUGCAGAACUCGUAGUUCUUCCGCAGAAGAGAAAACAUGAUGCUGCGCGCAAAUUCUCAACAAUGAUGCAACCACAAAACAGAGCAAAUUUUCCUCAAGAAUACAUCGCAAGAUUAGAAUCCAUUAUCACAGUCGAUCAAAAGGAAGCUGAUAAAACCAAUAUCAGUACUUUAAAACAAUUUCAACAUGUAGAGCAAUUGUUACACCAAGCACUUAAACAAGAAGUAGAAAGCUUACCGUCCUUUCUUUGGGGUAACAAAAUUGCUGCUGAUCCAGACGAACAAAAACUGAUCAAUGUCACAAAAUUUAUACUCACUACUUUUGCGGAUACUUGCUCAACAAUAGCAAUAAAUACAAAGCCUAACAAAGAUUAUGAGAGGACAUUCUGGGUAAAAUAUAUUGUGCCUGUUUUUCAGACAUUUGCAAAUCAAACGGGUUUGUUGUCAUUAAAUUGGUGUGAAAUCUCAACCAUCUGCCACUCAAAUGAAGACCAAGAUACGACACGAUACGUAGAUGGGAUGGGAUAUGAUAAGAGAAGAAACGAACGAGCCGUCUUUGAGGCGUCUUCUGGUCAAUACAAUGCCAAUGCAGAUAAGAUAAUUGACGAUAGUACAAAGCAAAUCAGUUCAAUGAUGUCAAUGUUAAAAGGCAUCGCAAGUCGCCACCUAAAUGCCAAAUUUGAAACCCUGCUAAAGACAAAAGUUUUUGGCAUUCAAUCGAUUAAAACGAAUCUUGUUCUGUCAGAAGUGUUGCUUAGAGAAGAUGGAAGAUACCACUACAGCGAAGUCCGCUCUGCCGAAGUUCCCACAGAAUAUGUCGAGCGAAACAGAUGGAUCAAAGUUUUCGAGAUCUUGUGUUAUUUGUUUGUUGAGCUAAAAAACCAAGAAGUAUGCUAUCAGACUAUGGAAGAUGAAGAACAAGGAGCUAUAUUAGUAAUUCCUGAAAUUACUAUCAAGAGCAAACUCAAUUCAAACAACAUAUAGCCCGCCCCUCUUAUUGCACUCAUUUCUUCAUUAACAAGUAUUAAUUGAUUAUCAUAUCAUAAUAUAAAAGCAAAAUGAAAAAUUAAAGUGCUCCACAACAAUAAAACUCUCUUAUUUUUGUUUGAAGAAAAAAGACCAAGAAAUAAGUUGUUGGCUGCUAAUCCAGUAAAAGAGGUUUUGAAAAAAGAAAAAAGAAAAAGGA